GCCAUCCAUGGAAGACGACCGUCGUGUCGGAGAUCUUGUCCGGGAAUUAGUCCACCGUCUACACAACAACUCUUCUUCUUCGCUUUCAAACUCAAACCCUAACCCUACCAAUGUCAAGUACGCCACUCGCAUUUUAUCCAGCCGAAUGACGCCAUCGAUCACCGCCGACGAAGCCGCUAUGGCGUAUUCAAUCAAGAACCAACUCGUUAAACAAGGUAAAUUGUCUGAUGCCUUAUCGUUUGCAGAUCUCUAUUCUAAAUUCGCUUCUAAAAUUGGCCCUGGUAGUGUUAACAAUAAGUGGGCCGUGCUUUAUUUGCUCAAAGUCAUUUCCGAAGAUCGUAGAACUAAUCUUAAACUUCAAACGGAUUCGAGCUAUUCGGGUGGACUCCCGACGUUGUUUGAGUCUGAAACUAAUGGAAAUCAUACUAGGGUUACGAAGGAUAGUUCCGGGUUCUCUCGUUUAGGGCGAAAUUUAGAUCAUGAUGGGAGUGAUGAUGCUUUUCCUAAUGAUAAUGUAAAUGGUCUGCGUAAUAGUAAUUCGGAAAAGUUGAAGAAUGGUGGUGUUUUAUUGGUUUCGAGAGAUCCUGAGAAUAUGCAAGAUAUGGCUUAUAGGGAGUUUGCUGUGAUAGUGAAAGAAGAGAAUGAUGUUAUAGAGGAGGUUCUGGUGAGAGAUGUGUUGUAUGCUUGCCAAGGAAUUGAUGGGAAGUAUGUGAAAUUUGAUGAAAGUGUGGAUGGGUAUCUAUUGCCGGAUUCGAUUAGGGUUCCAAAGCCUACUAGAAUUAUGAUUCGUAAGCUAUGUGAGCUUGGCUGGUUGUUUAGAAAGGUAAAAGGGUAUGUUACUGAGAGCAUGAAUAAGUUUCAUGAUGAGGAUGUUGGGACUGUAGCUCAAGCAUUUUGUGCAGCAUUGCAAGAUGAGCUUUCUGAGUACUAUAAGUUGCUGGCUGUACUUCAAUCACAAUCAAUGAAUCCAAUUCCUUUGGUUUCAGAGAAUGCAAGCUCAGGGAGCUAUCUAUCUCUAAGGAGACUUUCGGUCUGGUUUGUUGAGCCAAUGGUUAAGAUGCGGCUAAUGGCUUUGCUUGUGGAUGGUUGCAAGUCUCUAAAGGGUGGUGCGAUGGCUGGAGCCAUUCACAUGCAUGCCCAACAUGGUGACCCUCUUCUUCAUGAUUUCAUGAAACGAUUGCUUCGCCGAGUAUGUUCUCCUCUUUUUGAGAUGGUGAGGAGUUGGGUUUUGGAAGGGGAGCUUGAAGAUAUCUUUUCCGAGUUUUUUGUUUUGGGACAAUCUGUAAAGGCAGAGUCUUUGUGGAGGGAAGGUUAUAGACUCCAUUCUGCAAUGCUCCCUUCUUUUAUCUCCCCAUCUCUUGCUCGGCGUAUACUAAGAACAGGGAAGUCCAUUAAUUUCCUUAGAGUUUGUUGUGGUGAUCGUAGUUGGGCUGAUGCAGCAACUGAAGCCGCGGCUGCCACAGGGACCACAACUAGGAGAGGGGGUCUUGGGUAUGGGGAAACUGAUGCACUUGAGUCUUUAGUCACUGAAGCAGCAAAGAGAAUUGAUAAGCAUUUAAUGGAUGUUGUUUACAAUCGGUAUAGGUUCAAGGAACAUUGUCUUGCUAUCAAGCGAUAUCUCCUUUUAGGACAAGGUGAUUUUGUUCAGUAUCUAAUGGAUAUUGUUGGGCCAGAGCUCUCGGAGCCUGCUAAUACUAUCAGCUCGUUCAAGCUUGCAGGGUUAUUAGAGAGUGCAAUCCGAUCGUCUAAUGCCCAAUAUGAUGAUCCUGACAUUUUAGAUAGAUUGAGGGUCAAAAUGAUGCCACAUAAUACUGGAGACAGAGGGUGGGAUGUGUUUUCUUUAGAUUAUGAUGCAAGAAUCCCGUUAAAUACUGUAUUUACGGAAUCUGUAAUGGCGAAGUAUCUAAGAAUCUUCAAUUUUCUGUGGAAGCUUAGAAGGGUAGAGCAUGCGCUUAUCGGUGCCUGGAAGACGAUGAAACCAAACUUGAUUACUUCUCAUUUCUUCACCAAACUUCCAAAGGCUGUUAAGUUUCGGCUAAUCUUGACAUCACGGAAAUGCCAAGUUCUUUGGAAUGAAAUGAGUCAUUUUUUUACUAACUUACAAUACUAUAUCAUGUUCGAAGUCUUGGAGGUUUCAUGGGCUAAUUUCUCUGAUGAAAUGGAAGCAGCUAAAGAUCUUGAUGACCUACUUGCAGCUCAUGAUAAGUAUCUUCACUCCAUUGUCGAGAAAUCACUUCUUGGUGAACGUUCUCAAGCUCUGUAUAAAACCCUGUUUAUGUUGUUUGACCUUAUAUUACGGUUCCGUAGUCAUGCUGAUCGUCUUUAUGAAGGAAUUUAUGAGUUUCAAGCAAGAACCAUGGAAGAUAAGACCGAUUUACCGAAGCAUUCUAAAAGCAAAAGCGCAGAUUCUGAUUCGUGGCUUAGUGAAGGCAGGAAAGCCAUAACACAACGUGCGGGUGAAUUUCUUCGAAAUAUGGGACAAGAUAUAGAUGCAGUUUCAAACGAAUACUCAUCACUUUUCAAGGGAUUCAUUUCUGAAUUGCCUGUGCAACAACAUAUUGACAUGAAGUUCCUCAUGUUUCGGCUCGACUUCACUGAAUUUUAUGGCUCUGCAUCUUAACUCUGGCAGAAUGCUGUUGAAACAGCUUCCACGAAGAAUCAACUUAACGUUUUACUCAUGGAGGCGAGGCCCUAUCAAUCAAAUGGCCGGCAUGCAUACUCGCAGCAUCUAUAAAACUCCAGUUGAUGUAGCCUUCUGUAUAUCAUUUCUUGUUCUUAGAUUGGAUUUAGUUCACGGGAUAAUGGUCUCCACAAGAGCAAUGUUGCAGUUGAAUUGAAGGUAUGCUGUUGUCCUCGACUGUUAUGUCAAGAAUGGACUCUAUUAGUAUUUUGUUUGAAAGCCAGCAAGAUGGUUGUAGAUGUGUACCAUAGUUUUGUAUUGGCUUUGAUUAAGAGUGAUGGGUGCUGUUUGUGUGCUUUGAGUUCUUCACCAAUAUUUUGUCUUCAAAACUAAUGUCAAUAGUUUGGUAUGUGUUUCCCAAUCUCCAGUUCAAAUGCAGUUCUACAAUCAUUCACU